AUCUCGCCGUCAGUUCGUAGUUAUAUUCGUACAAACGUGAGAAGCACACUUGUUAGAGCAGAACCAUGGUUUACGAAAAUGAACCAGGAGUGUUAGGAGAAUCACUCCAGAACUCGAGUCAUUACAUUUUGCAAGAAACUGAGUUCAUGGAUCCGCGAACGAUCAAAUGGAUAUUGAUAUCUUCACCAAUGCCAGUGACUUGUAUAGUGCUCGUUUAUCUAUAUAUUAUUUAUCUUGCUGGACCAAAGUUUAUGAAAAACAGGCAACCAUAUUCGUUGAAAAUGUUUAUACAGUGCUAUAAUGUUCUCCAAGUUAUCUUAAAUUUCUGGUUGGUGUUUAACGGCGUAAGACGUGGUAAUCCGUUCAAAGCCGUGUGGAGAUAUUAUGAUUCCUUCGAUACGGUAUUCGGUCACAAUGCUGAAGAAUUACUUGGGAUCGUAUGGUGGGCACUAAUGCUUAAGAUAUUUGAUUUUGCUGAAACUAUAAUGUUUGUAUUGAGGAAAAAAUAUCAGCAAGUAUCAGGCUUACAUGUGUAUCAUCAUAUUUCUACGGUUCUUUAUGUUUGGAUAUUCUUGAGAUACUUGAUUCAUGGGCAUAUAAUUUUUAUGCUUAUGCUCAAUUGUACUGUGCACGUAAUACUGUACUCGUAUUACUUCUUGAGCGCUUGUGGACCCAAGAUGCAACAAAGAAUUUCUCCGUUUAAGAAAUGGAUCACUAUUAUUCAAAUGGUACAACUUGUGUUUAUAACGCUUUGUGGUGUGCCGGGCCUAAAAAUUGAUUGUGAUAAGAAAGGAAAAUAUUUAGGUAUCAUAACUAUUUUUAACGGCAUAGCAAACAUUUCGUUUUUCUGGAACUUUUACAGAAAAACUUAUAAAAAAUCUAAAACUACUUGAUUAUAACGUAAAUUUCAAGAACAUAUGAAAGAAAUAUAAAACAUAGUAUUAUUUUAUUGUAUUUUUUUCGAUUAAUGCACAAUUUCGAUUAAUACUUAUCUCAUAUUUAUCUAUAUCUUAUUAUACAAUAAAAUGUAAAAGUCACAGUUUAAUAAUUCAAAUAUAUAAUGAAGACAAUAAAACAAACUUCAUGGUUAUGUAAUAACCACAG